AAAGGGCUUUACAUUGCUCCCCAAAAAGUAAAAGGGAUCCCAAACAAGUAGAACAGGAAAGAAUCCCGAGACCUGGUAGAACCCGUUUUCCGAUUUCGAACUCUAACUGUAAAUGAGCAGAUAAUAUAGCAAAAAAAAAAAGGGAGAAACCAGGAAGUUGUCAAAGGAUCGAAAAAAAGAAACAAACUUAACUUUUUUUAGGCGCCUUGGAUGGACAAUGUAACCAGUUUUGGGGAAGGGAAAAAUAAUGCACUUAAGGCCCCAGCUUCUCUCUCGAUUAUCAUAAUCAUUAUCUAUAUACAACAAAAUGAUCAUUAAACCAUUGCGAUCUCCUUAUUUCUGCCUUCUCUUGUCGCUUGGACUUUGAACCGCGUCGGCGAUUAAAGAAGAUGUGUAUAAAAAACAACACUUUUACAUCGUUCGGUUUCAGUUUUCGGCAUCGAGCUGUAAAAAAUAAAAAAAAAACCCAACGGUCAUAUGAAUAAAUGAAUAAACGAGCGAAAAAGGCGAAGUGCCGAAACAAAACAAAACGAAACAACGCAUUUUUUAACCUGUUUUCCAAGUGUUUUAAGUUCGUUUUACAAACGUUUUCUAUGCGUUUUAAAAUUUGAUAAACGUUGGGCGGGACUUUUUCAUAAAACGAAUUUCGUUAGAGCUACUUAAAAGUGUUUCCAGUUAUUGGUAUCGCUUUUUUCCCGCGUAGUAUACAUACGCUAUAAUAAGUUUUCUUUCUUUCCAUUCGAAAAUCUGGCAGAUAAAUACAAAUCUUUAACUGCUGAAAAUAUAUAACAGCAAACAAAAGCAACAACAAACAAAUGUACAAAGAAAAUCCAAAAUUUUAAAAAACUAAAUUAAAAAAAAAACCAUUUAAUGUGCCAACCAUAGUUACUAAAAAAUCAACUACAAAAAACACUAUUAGUCAAAACAAAAACAACAAAAUCGAUGCCUGUAAACAUAAUUAUAAAAUACAAUAAAAGCACUUAUCCCAAAAAGAGAACGAGAAACUCUAGGAGAGAGUAGAAAGAGUGAAAAAAAACACUGAGAGAACUACAAUUAAUUGCAUUAAAUAGCCAUAAAAGUAACUUAAUCGAAAGUCCAGUGCAAAACCAAAAUCAAAAUGCGCUUCACCUACAAUCAGUAUAAACAUUACGAGUCCGGUUAUCGGAUUCCAUCCAAAAUGCAUAAUUUGAACCAUCAUAAUAACAAUAAUAAUAAUUCUGGGGGUGGCAACAACAACAACAAUAUGAAUAACAACAGCCAUCAUUAUGCCCACCACAACAACAACAAUAAUGGCGGAAACAACAACACAAAUUUCCAAGCCUAUCAGCAUCAUUACAAAAGCAAUUUCGGCAUGAGGAUGACCAUGUCCACCAAUUCCACAAUGAGUGCGCGAAUACAUCGGAAGGGAUUUCGCAUACCUUCGAAAAGACAGCCGGGUAAAGGAUUGCCCGGUAAGCUGCAUACCAUCUCCAGGACGGGUCCUGGAAAGAUCGUUCCCGGGAAGCGAAUACCACAGCGACCCCAUCCGCCGCCCUGUGACAAUUCGAACGACAGUGGCCUGGGAUUCGAUCAGCACACGGAGAUGAGGUCCUCGGGAGGAGGAGGAGCGGGGGGAUCGGCUGAUCCGGCGGCCAACGGCAGCAACUCCGGCCAGCGGUCCAGUAUGCUGGUCAAUAGUGCUCUUACCAACACAGUGGCUGCUGCAGCAGCCGCAGCAGCUGCUGCAGUGGCUAGCAGCACGUUGCAGCAGCAUCAACAGCACCACCAGCAGCAACAGCAGCAGCAACAACAGCAGCAGCAACAGCAACAACAGCAGCAGCAACAACAGCAGCAGCAACAACAACAACAGCAGCAACAUUCACCGCAGCAGCAUUUAAUACGAGCGAUACCUGUAUCAAGAUCGCGGCACGCCAUGAGCCACUAUCUGGAGGAUCUGGAUCUGAUAUCGGCGUCCUCCUCCGAGGACUCGGCCACCUCGACGCCGACCAGUUUGGACGAGGACACGGGCUUUGUGAAUGACAGCAGUUUGACGACAGCCGGUGGAAAUAGCAACUCGGAUCCAUUUGGUGGGGUUUUCCAUGCCACCGAAGCAGCCGUGGCAGCAGCCGUAAAUGCAUUCACCCUGCAACAGCAGCAGCAACAGGCGCAACAGCAGCAUCAGGUGCAGCAGCAACAUCAACAGACCCAGCAGCAACAGUUUCAGUACAAUGGAUUGCUGUUGCAGCAACAGCAACAGCAACAGCAGCAACACUACAAUCAUCAUCGUCAUGGCAAGCACAUCAAACGCAAGAAGCUCGAAUGCAAUCAGGUGGAACUGGACAACGAUGAUGCCUGCAGCGAGGAUGAGUUCAUACGUAAGAUUGCCAGUUCUGUGGGUGUCGCAUCCACUGUGGAUGCCACGCCCCCUCCUGUCGCCGCCCCUGCGGCUGCCAUGCCCACUGUCAGCCUCCUGCCGCGCAUCAGCAGCAGCAACAGCAACAACAACAGCAACAACAACGAGACAAAAUUCAUCUCGGCCAGGACUGUUACCCGGGUAGCCAACAAACGCCAGCCCACCACCCCGCUGAACAGUAUCGCCAGCUCCAACGAUGGCCAGGUGCAGCUGGAGAUCGUCUCGCAGCCGGAGCAGCAGCAUCGGGCUCGCUACCAGACGGAGGGCAGUCGCGGAGCCGUCAAGGAUCGCAGUGGCAACGGAUUCCCCAUCGUCCGACUGGCCGGCUACGACAAGGGCGCCGUACUCCAGGUCUUCAUCGGCACGGACAUUGGCCGCGUGGCGCCGCACAUGUUCUACCAGGCCUGCAAGGUCGCCGGCAAAAACUCGACGCAGUGCAAUGAGAAGAAGGUCGACGGGACCAUGGUCAUCGAGAUCGAUUUCAAGCCCGAAACCGACAUGACCAUCACCUGCGAUUGCGUUGGCAUCUUGAAGGAACGCAAUGUGGAUGUGGAGCACCGCUUUCCGGAGCACCUCGCGCAAAAGAACAAGAAGAAGUCCACCCGCUGCCGAAUGGUGUUCCGCACCCAGCUGACCCGCGACGAUGGCACCACCGAGACCCUCCAGGUCUGCUCGAAUCCCAUCAUCUGCACUCAACCACCUGGUGUUCCAGAGAUAUGCAAGAAAUCAUUGAACUCGUGCCCGGUCGAUGGCGGCCUCGAGCUAUUCAUCAUCGGCAAGAACUUCCUGAAGGACACGCAUGUAGUUUUCCAGGAGACCUACGACAGCGUCAAUGGCGACGAUCCGGCCACCGAGAUUGCGGUGCGUCAGCAGCUCAUCGGCGGAACCGCCGCCCUCUGGGAACAGAGCGUUCUGCCGGACAAGGAGUAUCUCCACCAGACCCAUCUGAUUUGCACGGUGCCGCCGUAUCUGCACCAGAAUGUCCUGAAGCCGGUCCAGGUGCAGGUGUCGAUCGUCUCGAGCGGCAAGAAGAGCGAACCACACACGUUCACCUACACGCCCAAGGGACAAUACACGACGCUGGCGGCGGCCAGCACGUUAAGUAACACAAUCCACGCCCAAGAUGUGAGCGGUUUCAUGGACACCACAGCAGCGUCCAGCGCGAGUGGCUCCAGUGGCUGGAGUGGGGCCAGCGGUGGCGGUAAUCCGGGCGCAGGUCCCGGCGAGAAUGUGGAGGCGAAGCACGAGAUCGAUUCGGGCAUGAUGCCGCCGCCGAUCACCACCCAGAUACCGAUGGGCGUUCGUCGCUCCUCGCUGCCCAGUGUCACACCGAUGAUUACGGACCAGCAGAUGGUCCAUCUCAGCGCGGUGGCCGCCAGUGCGGAGGCCCUGAAGACCGAGCUCCUGGACGACAGCAACUCGCACAGUCCCCUGACCGGCGAGUCCACACCGGACAGCCCGAAUGCCGCCAUGCAGUAUCAUCGCUUUGCGCGGAAACCCAGCCUGGACACCAUCAUGUACGAUCAGUCCAACAGUCUGCCCGGUUUCCCGGCCGUUGUGGCUCCGGCAACAGCUGCCGCCGUGGCCGCUGCCGUGGAUAUCGAUCCAGCAGCCGUGGCGGUGGCUGUCGAAUUGGCCGUCAAGAAUGAGAUUGUGAAGCAUGUGGUGCAGCAGCAUCAGCAGAUGCAGGAACAAAUGCAGGAGCAGCAGCAGCAACAGCAGCAACAACCCCAACAGCAGCAGCAACAGCAACAACAGCAACAGCAGCAGCAGCAGGUGCAUAAAUUCAUUGAUGAGCUGACCAAAUCCACCUCGGUAGUCACCAGCAAUGGCACCACUGAACCGGCCCUGUUCACCACCUCGGCUGUGAUUGACCACGCCCUAACCGAUAUUCUGCAGGCCAAGGUGGGCAUUGCACCACCCAAUGUGGUGCUGGAGAGGAGCCUGUCCCUGAGCUCCACGAACUCCAGCAGUUCCCUGAGCGGCAGCGAGAGUUCCCCGAACAGUUCUCCCCUGACGCAGGACAUCAUACUCAACUCGGAGCCGGCGGCAGCUCUGGCCGGAGCAGCUGCCUUGGGCGGCCCUGCCCCCGUCGAUGUGACCGGCGGCCUGUCCACCGAUAUCAUCAUGAAUCCCGCCGUUUCCCCCUCUACGAUUUUGUGCUCUGCCAAUGGAGCUGCCACUGCUGUGGUGCCCAAUAUACUGGCACCCCACCAGGUGACCAUGGCUAACUCGAUACUGAACGACAUCGCCAUGCAGGCGGAACCCACCCAGCAGGACGCAGCGGUGGCCGCCUUGGCAUUAAGCAACAUCAUGAUGAGUCCACCGACGGCGGCAUCGGGUGUGGGGGUGGUGGACACACUGCCACCCACUCCAGCGGCCAUGCAGCCGGAGGUGGCGGCCACCGCCACGUCCACGGCGGUGAGCAACAUGAUCAUCAAGGCGGCGGCAGACUUCAUAACCACCCAGGAGCAGGAGCAGCACCACUAUCACCGCCAUGGUUGCGUCCACUCCCACUCGCCGCAGGCAGCCGUCGGCGUUAGCGGCAAUCCUGCCGAGACGGCAUCUGAUCCCUUGGUCAACCUGCUGCUUAACCACUCAAGCACACCGGAAACAGCGGCUGCAGCCGCUGCCGCAGUGGCUGUGGAAGCGGCCAACUUCCAGUCGAUGAACCACAGCCACCACUCGCACCAUGGCCAUCAUGGUCACAGCCAUAAUCACAGCCACGGACGCGUCACGGGUCACGUGGCUGGCCAUGUGAACAGUCACCAUCAUGGCCAUCACUUGCCGGUGGUGCCGCCGACACCACAAGAAUCUCUGAUCGUUGCGCUGGCCAGCGAGAAUGCGCUGCAAAAGUCGGUGGCCACCGCCGCGGUGACCACCAACGGAGCAGUGAUGACGCAGCAGGCAUCCGCCCCAAAUACUGCAGGCAGCAUCCUCCCGGCGGCGGUUGGAGCGGUGGCUGCGGCGGCGGCCGUGGCGGUACAGCCGCCCAUUCCCCAGGAGCUGACCUCGAUGUCGGAUCAGGAUUUGAUCAGCUACAUCAAUCCGAGCACCUUCGAUCAGCUUUAAACGGCUUUAAAUCAACAAAUUAAACUACGUGGACUUGUUUUUUUUUAAUAACAAUAAAUGUCACUCCUACACAGGCUUAGUCUUAAGUAUAUGUAGUAUAUAGACAACACACACAAAAACACAAACAAUAAGACGGAUAAAAGGUUUCAAUGUGGACCAACUUUUUGACCAAGCGUAUGGAUUAAAAUCAGGAGAAGAGAAUGAAACCUAUAAACACACACACACAUUAGUAGCUGUAGCUUUAUUUACGUUUAGGAAUAAACCAUACUUUAUAUGAAUACCUACAUUUAUUUUUUUGUUUUUUUUUUUUUUGCUUAUUAAAUAUUGAUUUUUAAAUGAAAUAAUCAACUUAUCUCAAAAGGUUAAGUUAAAAGAAUGAUAAUGACUGCCAUAUACCUACAAAAUAUAAAUGAACUCCCGAUAAUGAAGAAUGAAAAUGAAGAAUUCAAAUAUCAACCUUAAAAAUACAAAAUUGAAGAAAGAACUAACUUUCAAAAAAAAUGUUGAUUACACUUUUUUAGCUGGAAACCAUAAUUUUCAAAAUGAAGUCUGAAUUGUAAACUUCUUUUAUAUUUGUUUGGGAAUUUAAGAUAUGUUUUCUUAUUAAAGCCUAACUAUACUGUCUGGCGUUAAAAAUUAAGCUUAAUUAAUUUUGGGACAACAAAAAAACACAAAAAGAAAUUAUGAUUAUACAGUUAGUAAUUUAUGAAAAAAGUACAUAGUAUGUGUAGCUACGAAUAUAAUGAAUAUGCGAGAAAUUCCAAAAGACUUUUUUGAUUUAAAGAAAAUGCAAUUAUUAUUUUGUUUAUGGUUUAAUAAUUUUUAUUUUAAAUUAUAUUGAAGAAACACACACAAAUAAAGAUGAAACUAACGUUAUUACUAUUAUUAUAAUUAAAUAGCUAUUAUUAUGCAUACCCUUAAUGUUGAUAGUUAUUAUGUGUAGCAUAGUAAGCCAGAUAUCAGAGUUAUCCUAGCCCCAUUUAUACAAAAAUAAGAAACAACAAAACUGAAAACGUAAGGAAGAACAAACAAACAACCAAACCACAUCGAGAAAUAACGAUUUAGAAUAUUAUUAUACCGAUUAACGAUUGAAUGAACUUGAACACUUGUUACGCCAGCCCCAAAUAAAGAUCAAGAUCGUGAGAACUCUGCAUUUGUAUGCCCUAUGCCCAACUAUUUAUAAACAUUUACAAAUAUUCCAACCACGAAUUUCGCCCACUCCCAAGAAUCAAACUAACUGAGAACCUAUAACUAUAAAUGUCUUUUUUUUUUAAAUUAGCUUGGUACAUUUUUAAACAAUUUGAUUGACAUACGUAAUCUAGAUGUUCAUGGAGUCGAUAAAUGUGUUAAACAAUCUCAGAGAUUGCAUAUUCCUCAUUAAAUUAAAUGUUAUAGUCGAGUCAAUGAACGACAGAGAUAGCGAUAGUAAGUGCAAGAGAGAUAGAGAGAGACGGAAAGAAAAAGAAAGAGAGGGAGAGAAGAGCCCGCGCUUAAGAAUUGUUAGUGUUAAAUGUUAUACACCUAAAUAUACAUUAUUUAUGCUAUAUAUACACACAUAUAUCUAACUUUACAAUGAAUAAAAUGAAUGUAUUUUUGAUGUUCUUAUUGCCCAAAGUGCAGAACCGAGAAACAACUGAAAA